CUUCAGCCCACAUCAGCCUCAAGACUCAAGCACUCGACUGGCAGGGCGCCGCAGAAUCGCCUCACCCCAGCUGUUGUCUCCCAGCCGCAUGUCGCAGAAGCUCUGCACGACGUGCGUCACGGCGCGCGCGGUGCUGCGCCGGCCAAAGACAGGCGCCCUCGUGUGCCGCGAGUGCUUCUACAACGUCUUCGAGGAGGAGAUCCACCGCACCAUCGUCGAUGCGCAGCUCUUCGCCCCGGGCGACCGUGUGGCGAUUGGCGCAUCCGGCGGCAAGGACAGCACGGUGCUGGCACACAUCAUGAAGACGCUCAACGAGCGGCACAAGUACGGCCUCGACCUGUACCUGCUGAGCAUCGACGAGGGCAUCGCCGGCUACCGCGACGACUCGCUCGACACCGUCAAGCGCAACCAGCAGCAGUACGACCUGCCGCUCAAAAUUCUCUCGUACAACGAGCUCUACGGCUGGACGAUGGACGACAUUGUGCGCUCCAUCGGCGGCAAGAACAACUGUACGUUCUGCGGCGUCUUCCGAAGACAGGCGCUGGAUCGCGGCGCUGCAGCGCUCGGCAUCGACCAUAUCGUCACGGGCCACAACGCAGACGACAUGGCAGAGACGGUCCUGAUGAACGUGCUGCGUGGCGACAUUGCGCGUCUCGAGCGGUGCACCGAGAUCAUGACGAAGGGCGCAGACUCAAAUGCUCCUGCCGAUGAGGACGCUGGCGGCUGUGGCAGUGCCGGCGGCUUGGGCUCAGACUUCGCCGGCCUGUCGGGCAUUCGCCGCAGCAAGCCCUUCAAGUACGCCUACGAGAAGGAGAUUGUGAUGUACGCCUACUUCAAGAAGCUCGACUACUUCUCAACGGAGUGCUCCUACUCGCCGGCGGCAUACCGCGGCUUUGCUCGCAUGUACCUUCGCGAGCUUGAGCUCGUGCGUCCCAGCGCUGCCAUCGACAUCAUCCGCUCCGGCGAGGCGCUGCGAGUCGGCAGCACCGUGACACGCGCUGUGCAGCAGACAUGCACGCGCUGCGGAUACAUGGCCUCGAACGAGCUCUGCAAGGCCUGCUUGCUGUUGGAGGGGCUCAAUCGCGGCGUGCCUUCGCUCGGCGUGAGCAGCAAGUCUCAUCCAAGCGCAUCGGACGCGGCCUCGGGUGACGGCACGAACGGGACAGAGGCGCCACGCGGCAUCGGGCGCACGAUUGAGCGCUGGACUGGCAUCGCUGCUCCGCCAGUUGCAACACCACCGCCCGAGAAGCGUGCCCCGGCACGCAUGGACUGGUAGCGGCGGGAAGGAGACGGUCACCGACUCAAGAACAUUGUACACUAGAUCUGCCAUCAUCUGGCGCUGUAUUUCAUUCGACACUUCGACGACCUAC